AUGUCAUUAUCUAAAAAAUUAUCUGUCAAAGAUUUAGAUGUCUCCGAUAAGAGAGUUUUCAUCAGAGUUGAUUUCAACGUUCCAUUAGACGGUAAAACCAUCACCAACAAUCAAAGAAUUGUGGCUGCUUUACCAACCAUUGAAUAUGUCUUGGAACAUAAACCAAAGGCUGUUAUCUUAGCUUCUCAUUUAGGUAGACCAAAUGGUGAACCAAAUGCCAAAUAUUCUUUAGCUCCUGUUGCUGCUGAAUUAGAAAAAUUAUUAGGUAAAAAAGUUCACUUUUUAUCUGAUUCUGUUGGUCCAGAAGUUGAAAAAGCGGUUAAUGCUGGUAAAGAUGGUGACGUUUUCUUAUUAGAAAAUUUAAGAUUCCAUAUUGAAGAAGAAGGUUCAGCUAAAGUUGAUGGUCAAAAAGUUAAAGCCAGUGCUGAAGCUGUUAAAAAAUUCAGAGCUGAAUUAACUUCUUUAGCUGAUGUUUAUGUUAAUGAUGCUUUUGGUACUGCCCAUAGAGCUCAUUCAUCAAUGGUUGGUUUCGAUUUACCAAAAAGAGCUGCUGGUUUCCUUAUGGCUAAAGAAUUAGAAUAUUUCGCUAAAGCUUUAGAAAAUCCAGUUAGACCAUUUUUAGCUAUUUUAGGUGGGGCUAAAGUUUCUGAUAAAAUUCAAUUAAUUGAUAAUUUAUUAGAUAAAGUUGAUAUCUUAAUUGUCGGUGGUGGUAUGGCUUUCACUUUUAAAAAAGUUUUAGAUAAAAUGCCAAUUGGUGAUUCAUUAUAUGAUGAAGCUGGUGCUCAAAAUGUUGAACAUUUAGUUGCUAAAGCUAAGAAGAAUGGUGUUGAAUUAGUCUUACCAGUUGAUUUCGUCACUGCUGAUAAAUUCGAUAAAGAUGCUGAAACCGGUGUUGCCACUGAAGCUGAAGGUAUUCCAGAUAAAUGGAUGGGUUUAGAUGCUGGUCCAAAAUCAAGAGAAUUAUUUGCUGCUGCCGUUGCUAAAGCUAAAACCAUUGUUUGGAAUGGUCCACCAGGUGUUUUCGAAUUUGAAAAAUUCGCUGCCGGUACUAAAUCUUUAUUAGAUGCCGCAGUUGCUUCUGCUGAAGCUGGUAACACUAUUAUCAUUGGUGGUGGUGAUACUGCUACUGUUGCUAAGAAAUUCGGUGUUGUUGAAAAAUUAUCCCAUGUUUCUACCGGUGGUGGUGCUUCAUUGGAAUUAUUAGAAGGUAAAGAAUUACCAGGUGUUGUUGCCAUCUCUGAAAAAUAA